UUGUUAUUAAUUUUUUUUUGGGCAGGUAAAGGAGGAGCAUUUGUUUGUUGGUCACAUGAACAUCUUUUCCAAAUCCGCCUUUCUUCCGGUGGAUCUAAGGUCAACGCCUACAGAGAGACAGGGAGAUGAUGGCAGCACAGUCAAGUAUCAGGCUCCAGGUGAUACCAGUUAUGACCGCAACACCGAAUUAAAAGCUUUUGAUGAUACAAAAGCUGGUGUCAAGGGACUUGUAGAUGCUGGUUUGACAAAAAUCCCACCAAUAUUUAUCCAAAAACCUCAUACCCAACUUGGCGACAACUCUAAGUACAGUAUUCCAGUUAUUGAUCUUGAAGGUGUCAGCAGAGAUGCAACCAAACGCAGAGAGACCAUCGGAGAAAUCAUGGAGGCUGCUGAAAAGUGGGGUUUCUUUCAGGUUGUCAAUCAUGGAAUUCCAGUGAGUGUUUUGGAUGAAAUGAUAGAUGGGAUAUGCAGAUUUCAUGAGCAAGACGUUGUGGAGAAGAAAAAGUUUUACACAAGGGAUGUCAAGAAAAAAGUGUUGUAUAUGUCCAAUUUUCUUCUCUAUAGUUCGCCGGCUGCUGAUUGGAAGGACACCUUUUAUUGCGCCAUGGCUCCUCAUCCUCCGGACCGCAAUGAAUUACCUGCAGUUUGCAGUGAUAUAAUGAUUGAUUACUCAAAGCAAGUAAUGAGUUUGGGACACACUGUUCUUGAACUAAUAUCGGAGGCCCUUGGACUCAACCCCAACCAUUUGAAAGACGUGGAUUGUGCUGAGCAGUUCGUCCUACUCGGUCAUUAUUAUCCUGUGUGUCCUGAACCAGAACUAACUUUGGGUACUAGCAGCCACACUGACACUACAUUCCUCACCAUACUUCUACAAGACCAGGUAGGUGGCCUCCAAGUUCUUCAGGAGAAUCAGUGGGUUGAUGUUCCCCCAAAGCGUGGUGCUCUAGUAGUCAAUAUUGGAGAUUUUUUGCAGCUCAUCACUAAUGACAGGCUUAAGAGUGUGCAUCACAGAGUAGUGGCGAGAAAUGUAGAACCAAGAAUUUCAGUUGCAUCUCUGUUCAGACCACCAAUCAGGAGAGGAAGUUCCUCAAGUGUUUAUGGACCAAUCAAGGAGUUGAUAUCGGAGGAAAACCCCCAAAUAUACCGUGAAACCUCUAUAGAAGAGUUUCACUCUCACCUUUCCUCGAAAGGGAAGGAUGGAGUUUCUUCAUUGCUGCAUUUUAAGUUGUGAAUUGGUGAUGCUUUGUUUCGUGUUGAAAUAUUUGAGCUUUUGCUGAUGGUGUUUAAACAAUGUCCUGCUUUGCUAUAACUGUCAUUUGCUUAUAGGGCUAAAAUAUAAACUCUCACCAUUCCUCAAAAGGGAAGAAUUGAGUUUCUUCAUUGCUGCGUUUUAAGUUGUGAAUUGGUGAUGCUUUGUUUCGUGUUGAAAUAUUUCAGCUUUCUCUGAUGGUGUUUGAACAA